GCGCGUCGUCGCAGAGUGCCCGAGGCCCCGAGGCCCGCGCCGUUGAUAAAAGGCUGGGCGGGCGCGGGUGGAGCGCCAUUCGUCGCUCCUCACUCACUCCGACAUGAAGACCCUCCUGACCCUCGCCGCCGCGCUGCUGGCCCUCUGCGGCCUGGCCUCCGCCGGGGUCGAGCUGUCCGAGGACCAGAAGCAGCUCAUGAAACAGCUCAGGUCCGCCUGCAUGGCCGAGACCGGCGUCGAUGAGGCCACCAUCGAUGCAUGCAAGACUGGACAGUUUGCCGACGACCCGAAACUUAAGUGCUACCUCAAGUGCACCUACCAGCAGAUGACCGUGAUGGACGACGACGGCGUGGUUGACGCCGAUAUGUUGCUCACCAUGCUGCCCGAGGAGAUCCAGCCCAAGGCCGAGCCCGUCGUGAACGCGUGCAAGGAGAUGCGUGGUGCCGACGCCUGCGACAACGCCAUGAUGUUCAACAAGUGCCUGUAUGAGAAGGCCCCAGAUUAUUACAUGGUCGUCUAAGGGGAUGCAGGCCUACGUGAUAUGACAAUUUCUGUUAUUUUACCUGAUAUCUAUGAUAUCUACAUUAAUUUGAUCAUGUUCAACUGCCUCUCAAUAACAAAUAAAAGAUUAUGAGUGAUA